CCAUCCCUCCAGCCAAACUUCUUCUCCGCUACCCGCCACGGGUCCCGCGUGGGCUUCUCCCUUCUCCAGCCUCCCCCAGCGACGGCGCAGAGAUGGACAUCACCAAAGCCCCCAAGGUCUUUGUCUCGACCGGACGCCGGAUCAUCACCAUUGGCUUUGCCUUGCUGAUCCUUUCGGUCCUGGCUUGGGCCUACAUCGCAGGGGUCCAGCUUGUUUCCGACCAGUACCACAUCAUGGCGUUUGGACUCUAUGGGGCCUUCCUCACUUGCCACCUCAUCAUCCAGAGCUUCUUUGCCUUCCUGGAACACAAGAGGAUGAGGAGAGACUCCCUGACCUGCAGCUACACCAAGUCCGUGGCCCUCACCAUCUCCGCCUACCAGGAAGACCCCGCUUAUCUCCGCGAGUGCCUUCAGUCCGUCAAGGCGACCAUGUAUCCUCCUGAGAAGCUGCGGGUCAUUAUGGUGAUCGACGGCAACAGCCCCGAGGACCGAUACAUGAUGGACAUGUUCCAAGAGGUCUUCGCCGGAGAGGACGUGGGUACUUUCGUCUGGGAGAACAACUACCACUCCCAGCCUCAGGUGUACGUGGACGAAGGAGACAGCGGUUACCAGGCUGGGGAUGAGCCGUCGGUCUACACCGAAAUAGAUAUGGACGACCCGGGGCAACUGGUUGUGGAGGAGCUGAUUCGGACUAAGAGAUGUGUCUGCAUCAUGCAGAAAUGGGGCGGCAAAAGAGAGGUCAUGUACACAGCUUUCAAGGCCUUGGGGAAUUCAGUGGACUAUGUCCAGGUAUGCGACUCGGACACCAAGCUGGAGCCCCAGGCGACGGUGGAGCUGGUGAAGGUGCUGGAAUCGAACGAACGCUACGGAGCCGUGGGCGGUGACGUGCGGAUCCUCAACCUCUCCGACUCCUACAUCAGCUUCAUGAGCAGCCUGCGCUACUGGAUGGCCUUCAACAUUGAGCGGGCCUGCCAGUCUUACUUCGACUGCGUCUCCUGUAUCAGCGGCCCCUUGGGCUUGUAUCGGAAUGACCUUCUCCAGCAAUUCCUGGAGUCCUGGUACAAUCAAAAGUUUUUGGGAACACACUGCACCUUUGGGGACGACCGGCAUCUUACCAACAGGAUGCUCAGCAUUGGCUAUGCCACCAAGUACACAGCCCGCUCCCGGUGCUAUUCAGAGACCCCAUCUUUAUUCCUGCGAUGGUUGGCGCAGCAAACGCGUUGGACCAAGUCUUACUUCCGCGAGUGGCUCUACAACGCGCUGUGGUGGCACCGUCACCACCUGUGGAUGACCUACGAGUCCGUGGUCUCCGGCAUCUUCCCCUUUUUCGUCACGGCCACCGUCCUGCGGCUCUUCUACGGGGGGAACCUGUGGGACAUCCUGUGGGUCCUGCUCUGCGUCCAGCUGGUGGCCUGCGUGAAGGCCCUUUACGCCUGCUGGCUGCGGGGGAACCCCGUCAUGAUCUUCAUGUCCCUCUACGCCGUGCUGUACAUGGGUGGCCUUCUGCCGGCCAAGUACUUUGCCAUAGUCACCAUGAACAAGAGCAGCUGGGGCACCUCGGGUCGGAAGAAGAUGGUCGGCAACUACAUGCCCUUGCUUCCCGUCUCCAUCUGGGGCCUGCUCCUCCUGGGGGGCCUGAUCUAUACGAUCUGCCACGAAGCCCUAGCGGACUGGACCACUGAGGAAAAACAGAUGGAAAUCUGGUAUCUGCUCGUUGGUUCGGCCAUCUACGUGGGCUACUGGACCUUCAUGAUCACACUCUAUUGGGUGUGGGUACGGAAGUGCUGCAGGAAACGGGCAGAUUUCUACAGCAUUGAGGUGUGAGCUGAGCUAGGAAAAUGCUGAGGAGUCUGUACUUGGCCAAAGAUAGACCUGUGAAGACUGGAAGCUGAGACUCCCGGGUCAUCAUCAUCCAAGCUUAACAAGUGGACAGCAGCCUAGUAGGAAUUUCUUCUAGACGAGAGGAGGUGUAUUGCCUCUUCCCUGUCUCUUCUCCUCCCUUCCUGUUUCUUUCUUUUACCCUUCAAUAGGGUUUGUCAGUAGAGGGACGCGGUGGCGCUGCGGGUUAAACCGCAGAAACCUUUGCGCUGAAAGAUCUGUAGAU